AUCGGUAGAAUUGUAAAAGAGAGAGUGAUUUUUCUACACAAGCAAGAUGUCAUUUAAAACGUUACCUUUACUGUUCAUAAAUCUAGGCGGGGAAAUGAUUUACAUAUUGGAUCAGCGAUUACGAGCUCAGAAUAUAGCUGAUGAAAAAGCAAAGAAAGUUUUACAUGACAUCAUUGCAACUAUGUAUCACAAGAGGUUCAUGGAGGAAUUAUUUAAGCCCCAGCCACUGUAUUCCAAAAAAGCUAUGAGGACAGUGUUUGAUCGAUUGGCCCAUGCAUCCAUUAUGAGGCUAAAUGCUGCCAGUAUGGACAAACUUUAUGACUUGAUGACAAUGGCAUUUAAAUUUCAAGUGUCUCUUAGUCUGCGCCCCAAAGACAUAAUCCUUGCCACCCUCAACCACAUAGAUGCAAUAAAGGGCCUGCUGGAUGGUGCUCCUCAUGUACAACAACAAGUGGACUAUGUCUACCGGCUUCUUAUAGAGACAUUUGGGUCUCUGUCACUGGGAGAGUUCCAGCUUAUACGCCAAACACUCUUAAACUUCUUCCAAGACAUGCAUAUAAGAGUAUCUAUAUUCUUAAAAGAAAAAGUACAGAGUAGUAAUGGUAGAUUUGUAUUACCGACCAGUGGAACAUUACCAUAUGGAACAGAAUCUCCUGGUGUUAUAAGACGCUAUGAAGCCAAUGGUUCUGUUAACACCAGCCAUUUCCCAGUGAAUGGAAACUUUAUUCCUGCUUUACAGGAAGGGUCCUUUGACAUCAAAGGGAGCCGGGUCACAAAAUUAGGAACAAAUAUGUACAGUGUGGUAAGAACAGUGGAAACAAUGAGUUCAGGGGCACCAAGACAACAGACCAAUGUAGUAUCUGAUAUUGAAUCCAACACCCCUGAUCCUUUAGCCAAAGCUCAGCUAGAUCUCCUCAGCACCCUUAUUGGAGGCAGAAAAUCAGCCUCCAAGCAAGAGAUUCGACUUAAUCUGUUUAAUAAUGACAAAGAGGAGGAUGAUGCGGCUAUGGCUGCCAUGAAACCUAUAGAAAUGGCUGAAUCCAAAGUGGUUAAAAUUGAUGCCUCUAAGAAACAGAGAGGUGCAGAGUUGAAUAAAAUAAUGGGUGAACUCAAUGUCCAGGAGAGCGCAUCUCAUGACGAUGAUCUGCUAGACCUGAUGGACAGUGCAUAACUCUCUCACAAUAGUGCCUCUCUUUGAUCUCACAAACCUUUCAUCUCUUGCUCUGUUAUAUGUGGGAUACCUGGUAUUUGAAUAAAAAAUCUAGAAAUAUUUAACUGUUAUUUGGUAACAGUUGCUAUUGGUCAAAUGUAAAACCAAAUUUUAGUGUAUUUUGAUUAAGAUGUAAUUAUUG